CAACCACAGCGGGGUGCCGGGGGUGAGGACUGGGGAGCGCGGCCGGGCGCGCAUGGGAGAUGCGGAGCGUCCCGCGGGGCGGGUGGCACCGCCGGGGCCGCCGCGGGCCGCCGCUGCUGCCGCGCCUGAGCUGAGCGGCUGCGCCUCAGCGCGCACAGGGAGUAGUAGCGGCGGCGACGGGAGGUGAGCGCCCAUCCCGGCGGCGGCGGCUGCCCUUUCUCCGCGGCGGAGCAGGAGGAUGCGGCCCGGCGUCGGGCUCUGAGCGAUGGAGGGGGUCCUGUACAAGUGGACCAACUACCUGGCGGGUUGGCAGCCUCGGUGGUUUGUUUUAGACAAUGGGAUAUUGUCAUACUAUGAUUCACAGGAUGAUGUUUGCAAAGGCAGCAAAGGAAGUAUAAAGAUGGCUGUGUGUGAAAUAAAAGUUCAUGCAACAGACAACACAAGAAUGGAGCUAAUCAUCCCAGGGGAACAGCAUUUCUAUAUGAAAGCAGUUAAUGCAGCUGAAAGGCAAAGGUGGCUGGUAGCACUUGGGAGUGCAAAAGCCUGUUUAGCAGAUACCAGAACAAAAAAAGAAAAAGAAAUCAGCGAAACCAAUGAAUCUCUUAAAACCAAAAUGUCUGAACUUCGUCUCUACUGUGAUCUCUUAAUGCAGCAAGUUCAUACAAUACAAGAAUUUGUUCACCAUGAUGAGACUCGCUGUCCUCCCAGCAUUGAGAACAUGAAUGAAGCCUCUUCCUUGCUUAGUGCCACAUGUAAUACAUUUAUCACAACACUUGAAGAAUGUGUGAAGAUUGCUCAUGCCAAGUUUAAGCCAGAAAUGUUCCAGCUGCCUCACUCUGAUCCCUUGGUUUCUCCUGUGUCACCAUCACCUGUCCAAAUGAUGAAGCGUUCCAUUAGCCACCCUGGUCCGUGCUAUUCAGAAAGGAAUAAUCACUCUAUAAAAGAACCAAUUUCAUCCCUUCACCGAUUUUCACAGCGGCGCAGAAGAACGUACUCGGAUACCGAAUCUUACAGUGAUAGUCCCUUUGAAGAUUCUCAGAGAUCUGCUCACUGUUCUAGAAGUGCUGUCAAUGGAGAUCUGGUAUCAUCAGCCAUUCCUGAAGAAAAUAGAUCGGUAUCAAAGGAAAGAUCUGAACUGGAAGAGACUCUUUCAUCCUUUUCUUCUUGAAGAAACUGAAAGUAUUCAAUUUUCUAUAAAUAAUGCUAUGCAAAGGCUGCUGUAAUUAUACUGUUGUUAUAGGAAGUAGUCAUUUCCCUUUUUAGAAGGAUUUCUCUGCACUUUAUAGAAAACCUAAAAACUAUCUUUGAAGUGUAUUUUAUCUUUAUAUAGUUUAUUUGCAAGAGUAUUUUCCUAAUAUUUCAGAGUUUGAAUGUUCAUUUUUUGGAACAAGUGAUGGCUUAACAGAUAAGCAUCCACAUUUGUAAAUGUAGCUCUUUUUAAAAAGUGUGAAGGUCUGACUGAUACAUUAGUAUACCUGCAGGUUAUAAACUUUAGCAAAAAGGUUUCAUUUUUUUGGAGAAAAUGCAUCUUGUGCCAUGGGCCUCUUGGUCAUUUGUACCAGGUCAUCCACCAGGAGCUGUGAUUAGACCUGCAAUGGCUUUUUUGCCUGUGUAAGGGCUGUGGGAAUGGGCACUAAUGGGUCUACUCUAGCAGCUUGACAGUAAUUGACAUUGCCUUCUUUAAAAACCUAAGGAUAUACAUAAUCCGGUCCUUAUUUUUAGCCAAUGAAAGUAGAAAUAUUUAGUGUAUUUUUCUAAACAAAUGUAUAAAAAUAACUUAAUAUGAAGCAUUUGUACCAAACAUUGGAUAUUUAAUAAUUUUUAUUUAUUUAUUCUUUUUUGCAUAAGAAAUUUCUACCUACUUUCAUUUCUAAAGAUCUACUAAAGGCUUCAAAAUGUGCAUAAAUUGUUUCUGGGGUGUGUAGCAUCACAAGUAGCUAAUGCAGCACUGUUAAGAUGUACUCUGCUUGCUUAAGAUGUGUUUUUUAGCAAGUAUUAUAGAAGCAAGAGAUGAAAUAUUAGACCAUUAAGCUGCUGUUGUAGUGAAUAUUUGUAUCUAUAUGUAUUUUAUUUAUGACCUAUUUAUACAAAAGGGAGCUUCUGUUUUUGUGACUCCUUUAUAUCAUUUGAGGAUGGUAUACACCAGGAGAUGGAUUCUGCUCUCAGUUACAUCAGUGUAAAUUUGCAUUAACUGUAAGUGAGAUGGGGGUCUGACUCAAUUAAUGAGUAAUAUAGUAUAAGAGUGCCUACUAGCACCUUGGUUCAUAAGGAUGUUAGUGUUAGCAUUGUAAGCUUUUGGGGAUUUUUUUUGGGUAUUCAUUUAGGGAUAAACUUGGUCUAUAAAGUCUUAGCAGUAGAGCACUUUAAGCAAGCCAUUUACUGUUGUUUGAUUUACACAAUUGUUAAAUAAAUGUACAGGGUUUUUUGCACUCAAGGACAUACCAAAACAUGUUUUUAUAAUCAAAUCUUCUUUAAUUUGGUUUAACUAGUCUUCCUGUUGUGUAUAUGAAUAAUUUGGUGUUUUUUGAAGCAGGCUGGAAAGGACAAAUGGGAAUGGAAUAGAAGUUUUCCUUAUAAAUUUCUGGAAUGUUGAUUUAUCUAAAUCAAAAUAGGUCCCAAUGUUGAGGAAAAAUGUAGGAGCUGUUGCCCAUAUAUAAAACAGCAGUUUAUAAACCAUUAUGUCACAGUCAGAUGGAAUGGAAUGACUCAUACAAGUAAAGUUAUUUGUGGAUACCAGUGCAGAGCUCUCAUUUGUGCUCAGUUCUGUCAGUUUUCAUGCAACUAGCAUUUGCAUAGGCAUAUCAGCCACACACAUGCUUGUACAUUUUUUUCUGAAUGUUUGCUUUAAUGUAUUCUGUAUGACACUUCUGACAACUGUAAAAAUAAGUAUUAAAAAUAUGUUCAGAGAAGUAAACUACAGAUUGCAAUUAGAGUGUUGUCUUGAAUCAUAUGCUGUCUUAGAGCUGCUUUUUGAAAUUUCACUGAAGUUUCAGCCAGCUUGUACAGUGUUAAGUGUGUGUCACAUUAACAAAUAUCUUUUUCUGGCUUUCAGCUACUACAGAGAAAAUAGUUUGGACUCUACAUUGUGCAAAAAAACUCUGAGACUGAUAAGUGCAUGUAGUAGUAAAUAAUAUUUUUAAGUACUGCCAACAAUAGGAUUGUUUAGACAAAAGUUGUAAUGAUUAGAUUCAAGCACAGAAUUUGCAUAUAAUUACUUCAGCACUGUUUUGGGUUUCCCCAUGUCACUGAAGCUAGAAUGAUGGCUUUGUAUAUAUGGAGCAUGUUCCUGCUGAAGUCAAAUCAGCCUUUUUAUAUAUACCUGUGCCACACGCUGUGGCAAAAAUCCUAUAAUGUAUUUCAGUGAAAUCAGUGAAGAUGAUAUGCCAUCAUACUUCAUGCAUCUGGAGCUAAGAAGUAAUUUCUGAAAUGAUACUUAGCUGGCUGAAUCAUGAUGAUCGAUGUGUAGUAAGACUGAAAAAAAGCUGGAUGCUCUUACAUUUUCAUUUCCAAGUUUAGAGGAGAGCUUAUCAGGAAUGCCUAAUUGUAUCAUUAUUCUUUCUGGUGGAGAAUGGAAGCUGAACCUCAACAUAGACCGUGUAACUACUACUCGUAGUUCUGAUCUCAGUUGCUUCUCAAGAGAUGAAUCUGAAACCAAUUCAAUUUUUUAAAUAGUAUUUAUCACUUAAAUAUAUGUAGUAUGCUUAUGUUCUUUAGGUGAAAAGUGAUAACUUCUAGUUACUGAGUUAUAUCUCUGAAGUCUCUUAACAUCGGAUAAUUAGAAAUGGAAUGUGCUUAAAUGGCUUACCAGUUUGUACUAUAAAGAAUUAAUGAUCAGGCAAUCGGUGAUUUGGAGAUUCGUGAAUACUGAGAUUAUAACAUUAAGGGGCUUUAAACUUCUGAAAAUUAAUGUUUGUAUUUCUUUACACUUAGUCUAUAGAAAUCAGCUUGACUUUUAAAAUUUUUUUUUCCCCAGAGAAAGCAAUAUUUGGGGUAGGAAUAUUUCAGAGGUUGCUUCUGCAUAAAAAAACCUGUACUUAAUUUAUUUAAAAAUUGCAUUCACAGCUCUUUGUUUUAUGGUUAUUUUCACAAACUAUAAGCUUGAGUUUUGCUUGUUAUGCCACCAUCAGUUUAAGUAUUGUAGUGUAGCUGUUGUAAGUUAAUAACUUUUUAAAAAGAGGUACAGUACCUGAAUAAAGGAAAUGUCUGUGUUGGAAAACUAUCUGUCUUUUUCAGAUGUUCCUCAUUAUCCUGCUUUAAAAGAGUUAAUGUGAAACCUGCCUGUUAGGGGUCUUUCUUUACCGACUUCUUUGAGGGCUGAACCUAAGAGUUUCAGAUCCAGAUCUAGAAGAGAGCAUUACUACUUAAAGGAGAUCUAUGUAGAACCUGUGUGCCCAAAUCAACAGUUGCCUUCCUGAAAAUCUCUGCUGUUUAACACUGAAGACCAAAGGGCCAUAAAGAUUUUUAUUUCACUUGUAAAGCUCCCCAGAUGAGUGUAACUGUGUAUGUACAUCCUAAGAAUUGCCAGUGUCAUGGAAGGACUUGGCCCCUUAGCAGCUAAUGAAGAUCUGGGAACUAGUCAUUCCUCUGCUGGUGCAGCAGGGGGACCAGUGCUUCACUAUUUUGCAAAGGAUGUCUAACACACCAACAUGAACAAGCUUACUUGAAGAUAAUGGCUUGCACUUUAAAACAUUCUAAAAGAAAUGCUUUACCUCUGCUUUUUCCACUGUGUAUGUACAGUAGUGAUUGGAAGGUGUUAUUUAGGAAUUUAAUUUACUUUGCUUAGCAUUUUGAUAUUUGUUAAGUCUGGAUGAACAAUCUAGAGUGUUGUUUGACAAUUGAGUACCUUAAGAAAGUAGUCAGACUGUUUCCCUGCUUUGCUGGCUGGUGUCACCUUUUUCUCCAUGGUAGGACACAUGGUAUUUAUGUGCCAAUAUACAUAGGUACUCCUGUAGCCGCAUCCUGACUGUUCUAACCGGCACACGUAUGGGAGAGAAGACUAAAGAGGAGAGCACAGCUGUAUAUUAUGUAUGUGGUCAAACCCCCCCCCCCCGCCCCCAACCCAGGCCUCCUUCAGCUUUUUCAAAGAGAAGGGUAAACAGGCUCUCCAACACCGUCAAUUAUAGACGUCAAAAGUAAUACUUUUAAAUGCUGUCCCUCGACAGGAUUUAGAGUGUCUCCAUCCUCUUCCCUGUGUUUCAUAUUCGCUUGUGAUAAAUCCUGCUUUGGUUACUUCUGUAUCUUCCCUUUCUCAGUGCACUCUGUAGCCUGCCUAGGUAUUUUCCACAAAGUUUGGGUUACAGUGGCAGAAGCAGGUUGUAAUUACCUUGCAUGGGGCUGUCUUUCAUUUUUCUACAUACUGGCUGUCAUUUUCUGACAUGUCAGAGUACCUUAUUUUCUCUGUCAUCCUUUCUCCUUUGUACUGGUGCUGUUAGUACUAUGGCACAUUCCAGUGUGGGAAUGACUGAAUGAUUUACUUUGCACUGUGUUAUGACUUGGGUUGUUUUUUGACAUUAAAUAUUCUGAUUACUUUUUUUUUUGUAAAUUCAAGCUCUAGAACAUUAUCAUCUUCAAAAAGGGGGAAGGAAAACAAAAACAAGUAGAGAAGCUUUUUGGUUUAAUAUUUUUAUCAGAGAUACAACGUUUUUGUAGUCUGGUCAUAUAAUUUUUCUUCCCUUGAAAAAUAGUUGAAACUGGAAAUGAUGGUAAAAAUUGAAAGGCAAUGUUAGGACUAGGGUUUCUUGUCUGCUAGCAGUAAAAGGAAUCUCUUUGUGUUAUUAUGGCUAGCCACCAUCACAGUUAUUUUUCUCAGGCUGCCAAACGUAAAAUGUUAGUAGAGAAUGUAUAGCCCUGUAGUAGAAUUUAUACAGCAGCUCACAGAGCUUUGCUAAAAAGAUUGUCCUUGUGCAUCAGGCCUCAGAAAACAUGAAGUCCAAAUGCCUUUGCAUACGUAUCAGUGGUAGGAUAAUUAUUUUUUUUUUCUGAAUUUGGUCUGUAGUGCAAUAGAUUUCGAAGAGAGCAAAUGUCUGCUUGUACAGUUAAAAAUCACAAUAUUCAACCUGAAUAUAAUAAGCAAAUAAUUUUAAAUGUUCACUGCUAACUUUAGGUUUAUUUUUUUUUUAUCCAGAGACUCCUUAAUCUCCUGUCUUGAAAAACGGUUACUGUUUAAGGAUGUGUUCUGUGAAACUGAAUAUUGCAGCUUUAGGUUAUGACUUUAUCAGCGUCACUCUGUAUUAGUGUUCACUUAGCAGUCUUGUGAAAAACCACUGGCUCAGCAGGUUGGCAUGUAAAGUUAUCUGUUAAAGCUGUGCUUCAGCAAAGCCUGUAAAUACUUUAGCUCCUAUUUUUAGGCAUGUGACUGACUCAUUUUGCUUAAAGUUAGGUGUGCUUGGCUUACGUACUGCGCAGAGUUGGGCCAGAGAGGUACAGGCAGAACAAACUUGUUUACAUUGCCACACCGGCGUGCUUUCCUCUUGAUCAAGUAAAUAGGUCUGGAUGCAGUAGAGCCCACGAAACACCAAAUUUACGGUAGUAUUUAUGAAGAUGCUUUAUCCAUGCUUAAGUCUGCAAAUGCUGUCACUAUUACUUUCUGCUGAGAUGACUGACUAGUGCAUAUUUAGUGUUAAUUUUAUUACAUGCCUGUGCACAGGCAUAUUUUUGUGUCUUGUAUUGAAUUGUUGUGUUUUGGGUUGUUUUUUAAACAUCUGAUGGAAUUAGAAUGAGAAGCUUGAGGGUUUUUUUGUCUUUGAAUGCUUUAAAGA